GCGGCUGUUUGGUAAUACAAUCGAGGUGUUGAUUGCACGAAGAAUUCAAAUUCGCGAGGCGCUACAAUUUUUCGCAUUUUUCAAAGCCCAGUCAUGAAAGGAAUAAUUUCUUUGGUCUGUGUACUCUUCCUUGCAUCGGAGAUCUUCGCCCAGACUCCGGGGCCUCCGGGUGAGGCCCCAUGGCCGAAUGUUAACUGCGAUGUUCCUCCUCCCACACCCGGUGAUGUCGUUAUUCUUCCGGAUCCAGAGUCCUGCAAUAGUUUUUAUAUAUGUGCCGGCCUGAAACCAGUUAAGAAAUACUGUCCGAAGAAUCUCCACUUCAACCAAAAUAAACGCGUCUGCGACUGGCCAAGGGAUGCUCAUUGUCAUCUUGGUUACCACGUUGCCAAUUAACUAUUUUUAUAACUUAAAUUAAAAAUAUACUGUUUUCAUAAUUUCUGUUA